GUCCAGUCCAUCACCUACGUGCUCAAUCAAAUGUCCGGCACGUCGCCCACUAUCAUCUGGCAAGACUGUAGAAAUCUUUCCAGGCAUCGUCUUCUUUGCAUGCUAUGCCGGAUUUCAACUUGUAGGCACAUCAGCUUCAAGGUGUAUGGCUAAUGGAAGCUGGUCGACUAGUAUACCACAAUGCAACCCAAUUCAAUGCUUUCCAUUUGCUUCACCCAAGAAUGGUACACUCGUAGGAAGCUCACAGGCGGUGUUUGGCAUCACCGAGUUUGCAUGCAACGAAGGAUACGCGCUCAAAGGGCAGAGAUCUACAAUAUGUAAGGAGGAUGGAACCUGGUCAUCUAACGCACCCUUGUGUGAAGCAAUUCAAUGCUUUCCAUUUGCUUCACCCAAGAAUGGUACACUCGUAGGAAGCUCACGGGGGGUGUUUGGCAUCACCGAGUUUGCAUGCAACGAAGGAUACGCACUCAAAGGGCAGAGAUCUUCAGUAUGUAAGGAGGAUGGAACCUGGUCAUCUAACGCACCCUCGUGUGAAGCAAUUAGAUGCUCACAACUUGCUCCACCCAAGAAUGGUACCGUUGUAAGAAGUUCUCUAGUGCUAUUUGGCAUCAUCGAGUUUGCGUGCAACGACGGAUACGCACUCAAAGGGCAAAGAGCUGCAAUAUGUAAGGAGGAUGAAACCUGGUCAUCUAAAACACCCAUGUGUGAAGAAGUGAUCCAGUGCCCAAAAAUUGGUGAACCCGCUAACGGAAUCAUUGUCAGAAGCUCUCACGUUUUCCUGGGUGUCACUGAAUUCGCGUGCGACGAAGGAUACUCACUCGUAGGCAAUUCGUCGUCAGUCUGCAUGAGCAAUGGCAAUUGGUCAUCUAAUGCUCCAAAGUGUCAAG